CGCGCAGGCGCAGUGGGGCUGUGCGGCUGUUGCGGCUGCAGCAGGAGGUGGCGAAGGUUGCGGUCGGAGUUGCCGCCAUGGCGGAGGGCGAGGGCUUGCUGUCCGUGGACUACGAGGUGUCCGGCAAGGUGCAGGGCGUUUUCUUCCGCAAGUACACCCAGGGGGAGGCUAAGCGGCUCGGGCUCGUUGGUUGGGUCCAAAACACCAGCCAUGGCACUGUGCAAGGGCAGGUUCAGGGCCUGGCUGCCAGGGUGCGGGAGCUGCAGGAAUGGCUCAGGAAGACGGGAAGUCCCCAGUCCCGCAUCAGCCGAGCAGAGUUCAGGAACGAGAAGAAGAUUGAGGCGCUGGAGCAUGGUGACUUCCAGAUUGUGAAAUAACUUUGCCCAGGAAGAAGCAAAAUCUGGAGCAUGAGCUGUGCUCACAGCACAUUCAUUUAGUCAGACAAUUUUAAUCUCUGGAGAACUUUUAUUUUAUUAAAUUUCUAAUUUAUUGGUUUGUUGUACCGUUAGUCUAACUCAGCUUUUCACAAAGCUCUGGCAGGUGGAGGAGAGCUGUGCUGUCA